AUUCAUCUAUUUUAAAUCUUUCUUGUAAAUUAAUUUUAAAUAAAUAUCAAAAUGUUUUUAAUUUCAAUAUUUUAAUAUCGCAUAAUCACUUUUUCAACUGAAUAAUGUUAGUUUUCGUGUAAAUUAUACCUGAAAAUAAUGAUUAAAAUUUUAAUUUACUCCUUUCUAAUUUUAUUAUCACACAUUUGUCACUCGCAUCCGUCAAUCACUGAAUACUACGACAUUAACGAAGUUAACAAGUUAUCGCAGCUUGAGCUUGAGAGAUCUCACUUUGAAAUAGCUCUACACUCGAAUCUGCAGAUUACCGAGUACGGGUUCUUUGACUUUUCACACCCCUUUAAUGGAAGGUCGAUAAGGAUCGCAGGUAUAUUACUUCCUCGUGAUAUUGAGGUAUACCUGCGCAUACUAUCCUCGCCAGUUCUCCAUAAUCCUCCAUAUAACAUUUCACUGGGUCAGGAUGAACGUUUGAUGAGGCAUCUGGGCUUUGUAAAGGGAGUGGUAAAGCUGCCACAAACUGGUGCAGCCUAUGAAAUAAUAGAGCGGAUUUUGAGGAACCAAGUGUCAUCUUUAAGUAGGAUAAAGGACCUUUAUAGGCCUGAACAGACUUGGCCUACAUAUUUGGAUAACAGAGCAGCCUACACAAAUUUGUGGAAACAUGCCACUAACCUGUUUGCAGUAAAAUUAUAUCCAGUGGAUAUUACAAGGUAUUACAUUUUAAACGGUGAAUUAUACUAUUUCAAGUACCAGAUCUCAUUUGAUAAGACCAAGUUCCAGGAUCUAUGCCUAAUUCUUGGAUACUGGAACUUCGACAACAUCUCAAUUCCAGACUAUUUGAUAAAGGAAUUUGACUUCGAGAUUAGUCACCACGACAGGUCCAACUACCCUGAAUCGUUUUUCUGCAAACUCUCUCAACAGGACAAUGAUUUAAGUAAUAACAAACUUUACAAGAAGUACAACAAAGUUCAGACUACGAGUAAUGAAAAUUCAGACCUUGAGGAGUUUUUUGACCUGGACUUUGACAAUUCGCUCUACAACUCUGAAAGCGACGCCGCAGAGGAUUUAGAUGAUAAUUUCACCGUACAAGAUAUUACUCACACAGUUUAUAACCUUAAUAAUGGAGUAACUAGCUUUAAAAACCCAGUUGACACAGUUUUUACUAGUCAUUUUUCAACCACCAGUCCAGCAAACCUUCAAAACAAUUACAACACUAGUGUUGAUCCUGAUGCAAUUCACCUUGAUGUUGAUAAGAUCAAAUCUCAACCAUACCAUAACAACUCAGUAAAUUAUUCUCCUGAUUCACCACAUGACAACAGUAACCCCUCACAUGAUAACAACUCGUCACGUGAUAACGCUACAGCCUAUAAAAAUAUCUCUGCACAUACUACGUCUUCACCUGAUGAGUUUGAUGAUAGAUAUAGAGUGUCCCAUUGGGUUGGAGGGUUGAGUAUGGAGCACGCGAUGAGAGAGGAGGCGAAGAUGGUGGCCAGAGUCCUGAUAAAAAUAUUAUAUAAAGCGACUCGAAACAUGAUGAAGUCUCAUAAUAUUGAUAUUUCGUCAAUCCAGAGGGAUAGGAUAAAGUUAUACAAGACAACUUUAUACUCACCCUCCGUUAAAAAAUUGAGGAAUAUGAUUAAUAACUCGAGGCUCCUGACUAAUAAAUAUGACGGAAUUCUACUAGACGAAGAGGCCGAGGAGAUAUUAUUCGAGUCGGGCUCAAAGUAUAAAGUGUAUUGGAACUUCAAAAACGACUCGCUAUAUAAUAAGAGGACAGUUUCAGACCGUUCAGCAGAUUUAUCGGAAAGAUUUAUCGACGACCUGCUCUUUGAGCCGAAUAGAUUUUACAACAGACUAAUUAACAUUUCUGGGGACUCGAUAGAUUUUAAGGAGGCUUAUGAUAUCCUACUAUCACUAACACAGGAAACCACUCCAUACACUCCCAACCAUAUUUUCUCAAACCCGCAGAAUUUUAAUAGUGUUCUCGGAGUUAAUAAGUAUAAAUAUGUGUAUAACAAUGCGAAUGUAAAAUUUUCGAGAAGAAUUGACACUAUGGUCGGUAAGGUUUUGGAGCAGUAUAAAAGUUUGCCUUCAAAUACCAACAGUUUAUUGAGAGGAAGAGCCAAGUGUUUAAUGGCAUUUUUGUAUUUAUUUGGUGUGUCAGAUAGUAAAGGAGUUGUUAACUUUCCACACGGCUGGCCAAGACACAUUAAGAAGUCAAUGUCACUUUUAAUUAGUGGAAUGUCAUCGCCGUGCGGACUUUGUAAUACUCUGCUAGGGUUCCUAGCGUCAAUUGGGUUCCCGCCAGUCUCCAACAACAUGUACGCCUGGGAAACUAGGAAAAACGAUGAGGAAACUACCGUGUAUCAGUUGAUUUCGGGGAAUUUGUACAACUCAUUCCUCAAAUAUUCCAGUGACGCUGUUGAUAUUCCCAAUUUCGACUAUAUUGCCAGUAAAUCCAAGAGUACCGACAAAGUUAAAGUUUCUAGUGACAAAACUGAGUCUGAUUCUGGUGACAAACCCAACACAGGAGAUUCACAAGAUAAGGGGAAAACAAAUGACACAGAUGCAGAUGUGUUGGUUGACAGAAGUGGUUACGACUUGCCGUUGUUGUGUUAUUUGAGUGGCAGUUAUAAGAACGAUGAGUUGUCAAGUUUGGCGUAUAGUUAUUACAUUCACAGUGGGAUUGGGAACCCGAGUAGAACGUGCCAAAAGUCAGCUCAAUCUUCAAUUAACAGAUCACCAAAGAAUGUCGGAAUGAUGUGUUUAGAGGCGAUACCAUAUGCAAUUGAGUCUGCAAAAUCAUCAAUGAAAAAUAAACAUGACCAGUUUCAUGACACGAGCGACGAGUACAAGAGUAAGAGGUAUGCCGAGUUUAUUAAGAAGUUAUCGCACAUGGGAGACUCGGACGGUCUAAGGAUGAUGGGGGACUUUUAUUACACAGGCCAUGAACAGGCUGGAAUUAGGCGAAAUUACCAACAGGCAAUUAACUUCUGGUCAAGAGCAGCAGAAUCUGGUGAUCCCUCCUCAGCCUUAGCAAUUGCACAUCAUCACUUAUCUAACCUUCAAACUGAUGAUUCAGGCCAUUCUGCAGUUCAAGCCGAACGCUACCUCAGAAUGGUCCUCAACUCCUCUUCACCAACCUCGAGUGCGUUUAGUACUGCGAAUUUUUACUUGUAUCGACACGGUUUGGGUCAACCUAGAGAUUCCGGAAUGGCUGCUAGGUAUCUACGAGAGUCUGCAGACAGAGGUGACGUGAAUUCGAUGGUUCUGAUGGGACACGCAUAUGCGGGGAUUCUGACAGACGUGACGCCGCCAGAGGGGAGGAACAUUUUCAUGUCAUUUUACUACUACAGAAGAGCUGCGCAGUCUGGGAAUAUCGUAGGUCUUUUCAACUCCGCAGUUUUCACACUCCACGGCUAUGACCUGGAGUACACCAGUGCUCUGGACAGGUGCAACGAGGCGUAUAAGCUGUUUUCCAGGGUUGCUAGGAUGGGCACAAUGUCAACCACUCUUAAAGUGCUCUCCAAGAGGGCCAAGAAUAAUAAUGACAAGAUCGGCCACGUGCUGAUGAAUAUGCUCCUGAGUGAGAUGGGUGACUCUAACGCACACCGUGAGCUUUCUAAGCACUUUAAGACUAAUUCGGUGUUCUGUUACACUGAGAGUCUUGACCCUGACAUCACAUCUCCCACCACACUCUUCAGCGCUAAAAACACCAGCAACGCCAGUAACCCAGUGACGUUUAAGAACUUCCAAAUCAUACAAGACUUAAUGUCAAAGUCUAAUAUUUCAGAUAGGGAUAACACGUUUUAUGACGCUCAGUCUGAGAGUUUAACUAGAGGCUCGACACUGGGUAACAUGGGCGCCAAUACUAACCUGACUGGCACUCUGACAAACACUUCACCCAGAGUUUCUUACCAGGAUAGAAAUGAGGUUAACAGACUUACUAGGGAAAUUAGGAUGUUAAACAUGGUUAGAGUUACUGAAAUGCCAGAGGAUCCUGAAGUUGACUUACGAUCAAGGGGGCUCUGGAACAGAGACGAUAACCAAAACGUCUCCAUUUUCGAAGCACUCAUGGCUGGGAAAAAUGCCAAUUCUCCACCAAACGUUGAGAAUCAAGAUGGUAUAUCAGAUUCCACCGUAAAUAGUACUACAAAUGGCCAAACCACUACAACUAAACAAAAUCCCACCACGCCAAGCACCACAAAACCACGUCCAAACAAUUCCUACGUAUCAAACACUGACGAAUCUGUGGUCACGGGAAUGUUCGAGAGCGAACAUGGAAAGGCAGAGUCAGGCGGUUGUUACUACUAUUACAGUAGGAGAGGAGCGUAUUCACCGCAGAAUUCCACCCCGUUAUUGCUGGCGGAAGCGCUUUUGAGUGGGAAGCCCUGGCUACCUUCUGAGGCUCUGUUCUGGGCCAAAAGGUCCAAGGAGUCUGACAGCUUAAAGGGCAGCUACAUGUACGCCACGAUGAUGGAAGCGGGACUUGGCGCGCCUAAAAACUGUCAAGCUUCCUUCAAGAUAUUCAAGGAGUUUAUGUCCAGUAAGUCACGAGGUGAGCGAAUUCUAGGCCUGGUGUGCAUUUUAAGGAAUAAAAUCAUUAGUAAAGUUAGACACCCUCACUUUCUGUACACUUUCCUGGUCAAAUUCCUCUAUGACUCUUACGCAUAUAAUAAUAUCACACACUCGUCUUACACGCCCUGUGAUUACACCUUUUUCGAUUACGACCGAAUUCCACCCUCCGGACUCAAGCUGCUCUCGCUCAUUUACUUCCUCAUUGUGCUCUUUACACUCGUUGUAUACUUUAAAAUCACCUCACACUAA